AAACAAAAAAACAACGCGCCUGAUAGACAUCUCCGGCGCGUUCCGUUUGGUUUCAUCGCAAAAACGCGCCGUGUGUGUAUCGAACUCGCCCUCCGCUGCUGUGACGUCACCCUCUAAACACGGAGCGCAGGUAGCUCGCGUGUAAACAAUAACAGAGGCGAGAGGAGCUCAGCGCCAAACUGAUGCUACAUGUCACUGCACUGCCCACAAGCGGAGUCUGUCGCAGCACAUUCUACAGGAAUGGCAUGUCUUAUGGCAGCCUUUUCAGUCAACAAUACUACAGUGACCAACUCCAUCAUAAUGAAUACAAAUGGACCUCCCGAUCUCAUGCUAGACCCCAGAACUGUGUGCGUGUCCAUUGAUGAACUGAUGUCCAGUCAGCAGACGCCGCUGUUACACGGACACCUGAAGAAAGUAGAGAACAAUCUGACCGAGGCCCAGCGCUUUUCCUAUCUCCCCCGCAGACCUGCAGUAAACAUCCAAUUCAAAGAUCUCUCGUACUCAGUUCCUGAAGGACCGUGGUGGAGAAAAAAAGGUUACAAGACCCUUCUGAAAGGGAUCUCUGGGAACUUCACCAGCGGUGCUUUGGUGGCCAUCAUGGGACCCUCAGGGGCCGGGAAGUCUACCUUGAUGAACAUUCUAGCAGGUUAUAGGGAAACAGGCAUGAAGGGGGAGAUCCUGAUUAACGGGCAGCCCAGAGAUCUGCGAUCUUUCAGGAAAGUGUCCUGCUACAUCAUGCAGGAUGACAUGUUACUGCCACAUCUCACCGUACAGGAAGCCAUGAUGGUAUCAGCUAAUCUCAAACUCCAGGAAAAGGAUGAAGGCAGACGUGAAAUGGUUCGUGAAAUCCUGACCGCUCUUGGUUUGUCAGAAUGUGCCAAAACACGCACAUCCAACCUGUCUGGGGGUCAGAGGAAACGUUUGGCCGUCGCUCUGGAGCUUGUCAACAACCCACCCGUCAUGUUCUUUGAUGAGCCCACGAGAGGACUGGACAGUUCAUCCUGCUUCCAGGUGGUGUCUCUGAUGAAGGCUCUUGCUCAGGGGGGUCGAACUGUCAUAUGCACAAUUCAUCAGCCCAGUGCUAAAGUGUUUGAACUCUUCGAUAAGCUGUAUGUCCUCAGUCAAGGCCAGUGUAUUUACAGAGGAAGAGUAUCGAGCCUAAUCCCAUAUCUCAGAGAACUGGGACUCAACUGCCCCACCUAUCACAACCCCGCUUCUUCAGUAAUGGAGGUGGCCUCUGGAGAAUACGGUGACCAGACGGCUCGGCUGGUGAAGGCCGUUCAGGAGAGCAAGUGUGAGAAAGACUACAAAAGUGAAAUGAAUGGUAAUGGGGUCCAUUAUCCCUUCCUGUGGCACAGACCUUCUGAUGAGGACUCUUCAUCUUCAGAGGGUUGCCAUAGUUUCUCUGCCAGCUGCCUGACGCAGUUUCGCAUCCUUUUCAAGAGAACUUUUCUCAGCAUCAUGAGAGAUAAGGUGUUGACACAUUUGCGCAUCAUGUCUCAUCUGGGCAUUGGAAUUCUAAUUGGUCUUUUAUACCUGGGCAUCGGCAACGAGGCCAAGAAGGUCCUUAGCAAUUCCGGGUUCCUGUUCUUCUCAAUGUUGUUCCUCAUGUUCGCAGCUUUGAUGCCCACCGUCCUCACAUUUCCUCUUGAGAUGGGUGUCUUUCUGAGAGAACAUCUAAAUUACUGGUACAGCCUAAAGGCAUACUACUUGGCCAAAACAAUGGCGGACGUCCCAUUUCAGAUCGUGUUCCCAGUGGCUUACUGCAGUAUAGUGUACUGGAUGACAUCUCAACCUUCAGAUGCAGUUCGUUUCAUACUCUUCCUGGCUUUAGGGACACUCACGUCACUGGUUGCACAGUCACUGGGACUGUUGAUAGGAGCAGCAUCCACCUCAUUACAAGUAGCAACUUUUGUCGGUCCUGUGACAGCCAUCCCCGUGCUGCUGUUUUCAGGUUUCUUUGUCAGUUUUGACACCAUUCCAAAAUACCUCCAAUGGAUAUCAUACAUUUCCUAUGUCAGAUAUGGUUUUGAAGGAGUCAUUCUGUCCAUCUACGGACUUGACCGUGAAGACCUGCACUGCGACAAAGGUGAGACGUGCCACUUCCAGAAGUCUGAAGCCAUUUUGAAGGAGCUGGAUGUUGAAGAUGCGAACCUCUACCUGGACUUCAUUGUACUGGGCAUCUUCUUUGUAUCGCUUCGUCUGAUCGCUUACUUCGUCCUGCGAUACAAGAUCAGUGCUGAGAGGUAGACUUGUGGGAGACCUGAUGGACUGUCGAGACUUUCCUGCCCAGGGAGGACUAGGCUGAGAAAGCCAAAGCAGAGAGGGUUUGUUCCCUCCUAACUGACCAUCGCCAUGUUUUCCCAGAAACCUGGGCUCAACUUGAAGUCACAGUAUGUAGAUGUCCAGCUUUUGCAUGCUUUUAUAAGAAGACAAAGAGCUUAGAACACAACAGUUUUGGGGCUCAACCGAAUGUCUGUACGGCUAGAGAGAGAAACAUGGGCGCACUGAAGAAAACUUGUAGAAACUGAUAAAAGACUUUCACCGGAGAAGUUCGGAUUUUGAAUGAAAAAGUAAUAUGCUGUUUUGCGUGAUCAUAUUGGAGAGCUGGAAUCUGGGCCUUGUGAAAAAGAAGUGUGUUCAAUUCUAUUAAAUGUGCACUUUUAGUGUUCUUCAAAUCUUAAAAAGUGCAUUUAUUAAAAAGUACUUGCAGAUAAGAUAAUAUUAAUGCAAUAAAAUACCACUUAAGAGAGUACACUGUCAUGGGUGUUUCUUAAUACAUUUUAGUACACUUUUAAAAAGUGCACUUUGUAAUAAUGUCAAAUCAAAAGUCUUAGUUUAAUAUGAAGUACUCGAUUAUAAUUUAAACUCUAGUGUGUUAUUUGAUAUUACAUUUCAGGGUAAUAUAUUUUAAAUGUGCUAUAUUGUAAAGUUUUAAUCGAAAACCACAUUAAAGUAUAUUUUGUUUUACCAUAAAUGUUUUUCAGUACAUUCAGCGUUAAACUUUAACCAUAUUUCAUAGACAACAGAAGUAAUCACAUAUAAUGGUGUACUUAAGUGGGUUAAAAAAAGAGUGCUCUUAAUUUCGGGCUUAUUACAUUUAAUAUAAAUGGACACAAAUACCAUUUCAUUUUAUUUCAGUUAAAAUGUGAUUAAGUGUCCAAAAACAGUACAAUUGGUUUACAAGUAUAUAUUUUUAAAUUGAAUUAUUUCUUUAAUAUUUACUAUUUUUAAAAGUAUGCGAAAAUGUGCUUCUUUUUCAUAAGGGUGCCCAGGUUGAGCACACAGAUGUAGAUUGUUUUUGUUUCUAUUUAUUUAUUGUUCCUAUUAAUUCUACCUGACAUUCCUUCUACAUUACUGAAAAGCUCUCAUUCUGUCGGUAAUGGCUGCUGCUCUUGAAAAAAACCUGUGUGUCAGUUGUAACUGGGUUUCAAGCUCAUCAGAGGAAAACCGUAGUAUGCACAAACUGAUAUAAUGAACCGUAGUAUGCACAAACUGGGAUUUUUGUGCCACUAGUGUCACCGAACACAACUGCAAAAAUAAUGACAGUUUUCAAAAAGGUUUCUUGAACCCCUUCUGCCAUUGGUUGAGCAGUCUCGCCUCCAGCUCACAGAUGUUGUAUAAAGGAACUGGCUUACUGGGUAAUGUGGCAUGUGGUGACAUUUAAUUCAUGCUGACAUUUUAAAUGUGUACUUAAA